AUGAUGGCUGGUCUCAGAAGAGCUCUUGCUCUGCUCGCCAUUGGCGGUGUGGUGCAGGCGUCGCCGUUCCCGGUAAACGGAACCAUUACUCAGCCUGCGACGCUGCCAACCACAGUACCAUCUACCACUACUGCAUCUGGAAACCUUACAUGCGGCACUAUUGAAGUCAGUGUACUCCAAGCUGUAGCCAUUUCAGUUUAUACAAGCCUUUCGACGGACCCGGCUUUGCAAUGUCAAUGCAUUGGGUCCGUAAACUCCUGGCUGCGUGCAACAGACGCUCCUACUCGGACACUUACUAGGACCAUUGGAACUGGUGUCACUACUUUUACAGAAAGUCUCAGCAGUACUACGACGGUGAUAACAACAGUUUUGGAUUUGACUUCAGUCAUUACAAAUUCGGAGAACAUUAUCGAGCCAGACACCAACCUCUGGUAUGGAUCUGCGACAUCUCCAUGUUGUUAUAGCUGCACAAUCCAAGCCUCUACUGUAGAAGUCUUCUACUUUACUGAUGCUACCGAGACACCUGCUAUCACAGCUUUUUCAUCUAAUGGAGUGUUAUACGAGUCUCCAUCCAUCUACAUUGGGUUUUCUUCCUUGUCAGCGUUCGACUACUGCGGCAUGGUCGGAUCAGCUUAUGCCAAUACAACCAUGGCCUUUGCCCCGACAGAAUUAUCAACUCUGAUCUUCACCCCAGUGGUUGGCACCUCACAAGUUGUGACUGUGGUAACAAGUGGUAUUACCAGCUUUAGUACACAGCCGGCGGCCACACUCUUCUCUCCCGACGGGUCUGCUGUGCUCAACACCAAAGAUCUGGAGAGAAACUGUUCGACAAUAUCGGGCUAUUCAUACAUUCCCGGAAACCCAUCUAAUGCUGGUUUCCUUCUUAGUUCAACUGACCCUUGUCAUCCCACGAUUGUCAUUCCCGACAGAGUCAGAAGCUUACAACCGGGCUGGGGCGCGUGUCUUAGUGAUGCCAUCGGAGGGUUUUAUGAUCCUCCUUCGGCACUGAGCCCCGUCUCUGUGCUCGUACCAACGUCUUCAACGCCUUCUCAAGCCUCGACAACUCCCAGUCCACCUAGAAGUACGACUCCCGCUCUGCCUUCUUCCACUCCUCCUCCCCCCCCUCCUCAGACAAGCUCGCCGCCGCCGCCUCCCCCUAAAUCAUCUUCCACGCCUCUACCACCGCCGCCUCCUCCGCCAAAAUCUUCAUCUUCUCCCCUUCCACCUCCUCCUCAGACAACACCCUCGUCUUCGCCUCCCCCUCCUCCUCCCCCUAAAUCAUCUUCAUCUCCUCCUCCUCCUCCUCCUGCCCAGUCUUCCUCAGUGCCUCCUCCGCCACCACCUCCCAAGUCAUCUUCAUCUCCUCUACCCCCUCCUCCUCCCCCUCAAUCAGCCUCGUCAGCUUCACCUCUUUCAUCCCCACCGGUGGCACCUCAUUCUUCGGCGCCAGCUUCGUCUGCACCCAACAACUCCCCGCCUUCACUUCCGGCAUCUGAUACAAGUUCUGAAGGGACCAACCCUCCCCCCGCAACUACGGCCGGUCGCGGCAGCAGUGGCCCUCAGCCUUCCAGUUCUCCAGCUUCCAAUCCUUCUUCUCCGGGUAGUAGCAACGAACAACCGCCGCCACCACCGACGGGAGACAAUAACAACGCUGGCGGUGGCAGCUCAGAAACCAACGGCAGCUCAGGAAGCGGUAGCCCGUCUCAGACCCAAGGCCAAACCGGGGGCGCCACCAACUCAUCACCAGCUCCGCAGCAUACUGGAAACGGGGGUCAGCCUCCCUCAUCGGUCAUCGUUGUCGGUUCAGCUACGUUUAGCGAGAAUUCCAAGUCGGAGUUCGUCUUUGGCUCUACGACUUUGACCCCCGGAGGAGCUCCCGUUACUUUAGGAGGAACUACUUUGUCACUGCCCACUCCUGAGUCUUCGGCCUCUGAAACUGGAACCGGAAGUGCAGGCGCAGAGAACAGUGCUGGUAAUGAGACUGGAGGCAAUGCCACGGGAACCGGCUCAGUGGCUGCUGGUGAGACCGCAUCUAGCGAAACUGCUGUGUCCGGCUCACACGAGACCUCAGCUGCCAGCUUUGGAAGCCCAGCCGGAGGAGAUGCUGGUUCAGCCAACACAGCGUCAACUGGGCUUCCGUCUACUUCGGCAACUACCGUGCCCAAGAGCGAAGCAGCACCUGGAUUGUUUUCGGCUGCGAUGAGAAAUGUCAAGGUAGUUGCCGUUGUUAUGCUUGUCGCACUUUGCUUGUAA